UCGUUUGACAGUUUCGUUUGCAGAAAACCGCACGGAUAACCUUUGCCAACUCGUUACAUUACUUAUAAACAUCACUGAUUCCUGCCCCGCCUUCAUCCACCAGGCAGCACACCAUCGCUCUACCAUGGCCCACGACCCAUAUUGGUAUCGAUCGCACACUCCCGGAUCAAACAGUACUCCGUUGGAAGAGCAUGGACACCAACGCACGGAAAACCCGUCGCACCAUCAUCGUCAGUCACAAAUCUACACCUCGCUACUAUCUUCUCGAGUCCACGAUCCUCUUGAACAACAAUUCCAUCGCCUAUCUAUUGACCAAUCAAUACACAUUCCCUAUGACCCAAGUAAACGGGAUAGAUCGAGAGGUUACGAAGACCGUGAAUUCCACAGCGCGCGUUCACCUUACGGCUCCGGCCAAAGCAUGGAGAGGAUAUUGUCUCGGUCGUCUGGCAUCGGCGAUACUCAUGACCAGCAGUAUCCGUUGACGUCACAAGGGCGGCGAGAACCAUUUCUAACACGCCCCUUACAAAGAGAAACGAUUUCUGGUCGAGUUCCUAUGCACUUUCGGGAGACUUCGCAUGAUUCGAUAUAUAAUGAGCAUGAGCAUGAGCGACGGGGGCUACCGCAAUCACAACAUUCUACCAACGAGAAUCUUAGCUCACGUCCAUCUUCAACGACACCUCUCCAACGAAGGGACGUGCCGCCAUCUCGCGAUGGACCUGUACCUCGAGGGCAACGUCCCGAGUUCAUCAUUAUUGGUCUCUUUGUGUUACGCAUAACGAGACGACUCGUGGAUAAGCUGGACUCUUAUACGGAGAAGAAUGCAGACAUGAUCUGGAUCGACAGCUUGCUCUCCCAAUACUCUGCAAGCGACGAUCUAGCAGAGCUUCGGGGCUCUAGUAUAGACAACUUCGCGAAGACGUGGCCGGUAAUCAUCAAUCACUUCAUCAAGCAGCCAAAGUUUCCUUUGGUCUUCACUCAAAUGAACCCCGUUCCCCGUCUACAAGGAACCCAACGACUAAGUGACAGAGACAUCAGAGAUAUGGUAGAUUUUGCAGAUGCAGCUGCCGAAUGGGGCUCGGUCGUACAGCUUCCAAAGGAUGAAGCACAGCGGAUUGAGUCUUUAGCAGCACAACGAAGACUAUCAAGUUGGUGA